AUGAGUGACGAAUUCGUUGAAUUUGACAUCGAAAAACUUCAACAAUUCGCUACGUCACAAAAGAUCAUUGACGAUGCUCCAAAUGUAGAUUUAAGCAUAACAGCGAACGAACUUUUUGAUGUUUAUCAUGAAAAACUAGAUUUGCGAUGUUUAAUACGAGAUAUAAUAUAUUUCGGAUGCAUUCGGCCCAAAUACGUGAAGUUGUAUGUUUCCUUAUUACAAGAAAUGCUAGCAAAACAAUGGAAUGAUCAUGAAAAAACAAUAAUCCAAAAUUCUCUUAAAUACAAACAUCAUUGUUUACUUAACGAUUUUGCUAUAGAGUGCCAAAAUUCGUCAUUUUUAAUAGAAAUAAGUUCGAGAAAGAUAAUACAGCCAAUUUCAUUUCGAAAUCUCUCAGGCCAGAGCGAAAACCUCUGGAAAAUACUAGUGGAUGAUGAUAUUGAAGCUCUUAUAGAACUAUCUGCCGUACCGAAUUUUGAUUUAAAUUUUGAAUUUAUUUAUGAUGGAAUUAAAAGGAGAUCUUUUUUAAAUGUUUCGGCAUUACUUUCUGCAGUCAAGUGCUUCAGGUUUCUAAUCGGAAAUAAUAUUAAAGUUGACGAAUCGACCAUUCAUUGCGCAGUUUCAAGCGGAUCUUCUGAAAUGAUAAGAUUAGUUGAGCAAAACGGGGGAGUAAUAGAGAACUGUAUAUCAGAUGCCAUCGUAAAUUAUAGAUAUGAUAUUGCCAGGUGGCUAUCUGAUCGAGAAAACAAUAUCGACGAAAUUAAACAAAUAUGCAUGGAAUCUGGAAACAUUGUUACGUAUUUAGAGAUGUCGGAAGCGUUAGAAAUGCCAAUAGAUGGCUCCCCAUUUGAUGUUCAGUUCCCAACUGUUCAUUUCAUCGAAGCAACGAAAAAUUGCGAUCUUUUCCUUUCCAAAAUUUUGACUGGAAUGACUUUGCAUAAAGAUGUUGACAGAUUGGAUAUGUGUUGUGAGAAAGGAGUUAAUAUUGAUACCUUUAUUGAUGCUGAAAAUCAAACUAUUUUUUCUUGUUUUGCUGCUUCUGGAGGUUCCAUAUUCGAACAUAUAGCAGAACUUGGAGCGAAUCCAAAUAUUCCGGAUAUUUUUAACUACACAACACUUAAUUGUGCAAUUGAAGGAAGAAAUUUAAAUUCAGUGAAAUAUUUGAUUGAAAAAUGUAAUGCAAGCAUCAAAAUUCCAAAUGAUCCUUUAUCACACGCUGCUUGUAUCGGUAGUUAUGAUACAGUUAAAUACUUACUAGGAAUAGAUGGAAUUGAUGUAAAUAAAAUUUCCGAAGAUCGAAUGACUCCUUUACUCAUUGCCGCUGAACGUAAUCAUAUAAUGAUUGUUGAGUUGUUGCUAUCUCAUCCAAAUGUAGAUAAAGAAGCAAAGAAUGAAUUUGGAAAAGGAUAUUCAGACUUUUUAGUUCCAAGGACUAAAUAA